UUGUAGAAAAAUAUGCGAAUAAGCGCGAAUUUAUUAGUUUUAUUUAGAUUUUGUGUUUUUUUUUAACAUUAACCUGAUGAAAUGGCUUCAAGAAAACCCUCUAUAUCUGGCAAACAAUCUUCGCUAAUAAAUUUCGUAAAGAAGACCAGUAGAGAGACAUCUAGAAGUAAUAGUCCAAUUGAAAACAAUAAUGAGCAGGCCUCAGAGAAAAAAUCAAAAUUUGUAUGGAAAUCUAAGUCGAACACUUCAGCAAACUGGACACCACCCUUUAAAAAGGGUUCAGUAGAUAAUGCUUCAAAGGAAUCUCCAAAUGUUUUUCAAGACUCCCCGAGCACACUGGCAAUGUACAAUAAAGUGACAAACACAGAUCAAAACUUUACAACGACACCUAGCAGUGCAAAUAGACAGAAUGAAAAUCAAAGCCAUGAUAUUUUUGACGCUAUGGAAGUGGAUGAUUAUAAUGACUUCCCGUCGGUUUUCAACAAACGUCAAGAGAAAGUGAAUAGAUCCAUAAGAAUAAGUGCUUCACCAUCGCCCAACAAGAGCAAUGAAGAGAACAGUCCUAAACAAAUAAGAAAUGUUAGAACUCCAGAACAAAGUCCUAGAAAGGGUGGAAGUUCAAAUGAAAAUCAUUCCAGGAGAGAUAUUACAAAAGACUCAAACUCCAAAAAAGUUAGUUCAAAAGAAUCAAGUAGCAGGAGUAAAAGUAACAGUAUGAGUCCUAAGAAAGACAGAGAUCCAUUAAAAAAUCUGAAGUUGGAUAAUAAUAGUCUCUCAGGAUUUCUAACUAACAUUGCAAGACAUCCAGCUUUGAAGAAGGUUGGACAGGGUGAACAAUUAAUAAAAGAAGAGCGAGAGACCUGCACAAACAUGUACAUAGAACUUUUAGAGAAAAUAAGCGAAGCUUUUGAUAGAAUACCAAAAUGUAUUAAGGAAAAGUUUCCAGGAUAUGAACACAAAACUUACGCCACUAUGAAACUGUUAAUGUCGAAAUUAAAAACAGCUAGGAAAGAAAUACCAGAAAUCAAUUUAAAUGUUAGAAAGUCUGAUGAAUCUCAUGUAAAUAAAACUGAUAAUGCAAUGACAAAUUGUAGUGUAAGUCCAUCACUUUUGGACCAUGAUGAUGAUUUGAAUGAUUUCGAUCUGGAAUCCAGUCAAGGUUAUGGCAGGAAACCAUUUCUAGAAGCCAAACCCAGAACGGAUCCUGAGACAUCUACACCAGAUUUCUCUAGUUUGAACAAAAAUGGGCCCAGUAAAACUAUUUACUCUGAUUUAUUAGCAAAGAAAUCUUUAUCUUUUGACGCAUUAUCGCCUUUACAAGACACGUCUAAGGAUUUAGGAACCAGUAUACAACAAUCUGAUAAUGAAACCUUAGAUACAUCUGACACUGCCAACAGAAGUAAAGGCAAAUUUGUAUUUAAGAAACCAUCUCGCCUGUCUGAAGACAUUAAUAAAGCUACGCCUGUAAAAGACGUGCCUUCAAGUACUUUAGAGAGAUUCAAACAAGCUUCGGAAAGAUUGAAACCAUUAGUGCAGACAGAUACACCAAAAUGUUCACCAAUAGCCAACAGCUCUGUUGAAUUUCAACCGCCGCAGUUGAGCAAGAGUUCUUUAAUGAACUUUAAUAAGCCCUGCACGAUUGUGUCACCGAUCAUUAAAGAUACUUCAGAACAAGAAGGAGAUGAGGACGAUUACGCUGUUCCUAUUGAUAUGGAUGAUGAAGCAGAUAUUCUGUCACAAGUUUUACAGGAGAGUGUUAUUAAUAUCAGUGAUUCAAUACCAAGUACGAGUGCAGUAGUGAAUAAUAAAGAGAUCCCGGUGGACGAAGACGGCUGGCCAGAGUACAGGAUAGAGGACUUUGAAGAAGAUAUGGAAGCUUUUUGUAAAGAACCAGAGGUUGUGAAUCUGAUGGAUCACACAAUUGUGACAGAUAAACCUAAAUAUGAAGGAAUGGGAGACUUUCAUGCUGGUACUCAAAAUGACGGGAUAACAGGUGAAUUUGACGGUUUGAACUACCCGCACUCCGACCUUAUGAUGGAAAUGUUUAAGGAGAAGUUUGGCUUGAAGUCCUUCCGGCCAAACCAACUGCAGGUUAUCAACGCUACUUUGCUAGGCCACGACUGUUUUGUCUUAAUGCCUACUGGCGGAGGGAAGUCACUCUGCUACCAGCUGCCUGCAAUCCUCACACCGGGAGUCACGAUCGUCAUAUCUCCAUUGAAAUCGCUCAUUCUGGAUCAAGUCAACAAGCUCCUUUCUCUUGACAUCCCAGCGGCUCACUUGUCCGGCGACGUGUCGCUAGCCGCGUGUGACGAGAUCUACCACAAGCUGUCUCUACGCGAGCCUCUGUUGAAGCUGCUCUACGUCACUCCUGAGAAGAUCAGCAACUCGCCCAAGUUCCAAGCUAUGCUGGACUCGCUAUACUCUCGGGAUAAGAUCGCCAGGUUUGUGAUAGACGAGGCGCACUGCGUGUCCCAGUGGGGCCACGACUUCCGCCCGGACUACAAGCGGCUGUUCAUGCUGCGCGAGAGGUUCCGCAACACCACCAUCAUGGCGCUCACCGCCACCGCCACGCCGAGAGUCCGGAUGGACAUACUGCACCAGCUCAAGGUAACGCAGUGUAAAUGGUUCCUGAGCAGUUUCAACCGGCCCAACCUGGCGUACAAGAUACUGGAGAAGAAACCCAAGAGCAUCAACCAGGAGGUUGCCAAGAUCAUCAAGGAGAAGUUCUUCAGAGUCUCUGGCAUAGUAUACUGCCUGUCACGCAAGGAAUGCGAGACCUUGAGUGACGACCUUCGUAAAGUGGGGAUCCAAGCGGCGGCAUACCACGCUGGUCUCUCCGACAAGAAGCGGGAGACCGUGCAAGCCGGCUGGGUGGCCGACCGCUACCGUGUGAUCUGCGCGACGAUAGCGUUCGGCAUGGGCGUGGACAAGGCGGACGUGCGCUACGUGAUCCACCACUCGCUGCCCAAGUCCGUGGAGGGCUACUACCAGGAGGCGGGCCGCGCCGGCCGCGACGCCGACCCCGCCACCAGCCUCGUGUACUACUCCUACGCCGACGUCAUACGGUACCGCCGCCUGCUUGACUUGGAACGCAACACAACACCAGAAGCGAAACGCGUGCACAUUGAGAAUCUCCUUCGCAUGGUGGAGGUGUGUGAGAGUGUAACGGAGUGCCGACGGUCGCAGGUGCUAGCGUACUUGGGAGAGAGGUUCAACAGAGAGGAGUGUGCCAGGAACAAGAUCACGGCCUGCGACAACUGCCUCAACGCGCAGGAGUAUAAGCCAGUGGACGUGACCGAGGAGUGCAAGCUGAUAGUGCGUUGUAUCCGCGACGCGACGUCGGGCGGGCGCACGCCCUACACGCUGCUGCACAUCGCGGACGCGUUGAAGGGCUCCAUGCAGCAGCGGCUGAAUAAUUUGCAGAAAAGCCCCAUACAUGGACGGUGUAAGAGCUGGCAGCGUGGCGACCCUCAGCGGCUGCUGCGGCAGCUGGUGGUGCGCGGACUGCUGGCGGAGAAGCUGGUGGUCAACAACGACAUCGCCAGCGCCUACAUCGUGCUGGGGCCGCAGGUGGACAGGCUGAUGUCAGGCGGUCUCCGGGUGGUGUUCCCGAUGAAGUGCGACCGCAAGGCGCUACAAGUGACGACGGUUGCGCCCGCGCAGCAGGACGACAACUCCAUUACUGCGCUCAUCAAGCGGCUCGAGGAGCGAUGCUACGCCGACCUUGUUGAAGCUUGCAGGGAGAUGGGCUCAGCGCGCGGCGCGUCGCUGGCGGCCGUGAUGCCGCAGGCGGCGCUGAAGGCCAUGGCGGCCAAGCUGCCCGAGAGCGAGCGCGACAUGCUGGGCGUGCCGCACGUCACGCGGGCCAACUACGACAAGUACGGCGCGCAGCUGCUGCACAUCACCGCCGCAUACGCCACCGAGAAGAUGGGUCUCCUAAUGCAAUACGAAGAUGAGCUAGAACAAGGGAAGCAGAAAGAAGAGGAGGCAGUGAAAGAUUUCGUGGAGGAAGACUCCGGGUCGGAUACGGAUUGGGGCAGCCUGGGGCGACAGGCCGACACGCCUAGCGGGCGUGGCCGCGGGAGGGGGCGCAGCCGCGGGGCGCGGGGCGGCGUGAGGAAGAGGUUCAAAAGGAAAGCUCCGUCGGCGGCGAAGAAGAAAGCGGCUCGAGGCGCGUACGCAGCGCGCGGCCGCGGCGGCGCCAGCUCUGGUGGCGGCAGCGGCGCCGCCGGCGGCAGCGGCUGGAAGACUGCCGCGGGCAAUCGUCUCGGCAGCAUGCCUGUACCGCGCGCCAACACGGCGGUGCUCAACACACGCCCCGGAGUGUUCAACCCUUCCAAACUUAAUCUACUGUGAUAUAUCAACAUUACAAUUAAAUAUAUCAUAAUAAAAAAGAUUAGUUAAAAAGAGGUUGGCCUAACAUGUGCAACGUGAUAAAAUUUUGUCACGGUUUUUUAUCGAUUCUGACGAUAAAAUUUUGUCGAUUGGGGCUCAUAUGUGAACUCAAAUAACUCAUGUCGUUCUGUCAAAAUAACUGAAGACAAGGCACUGGCCUGAAGUGGAUAUUGAAAACUGAAGACAAGGCUUAGGCUUAGGCCUAUUUUGAUCGCGAUUUUCGAAUAUUAAAUUACUAAAGUCAUGACUGUAUGGUCCUCAGAACUUUGCCUGCCUUAUACUGGGUGUUAGUGACAUCGUAACGAAUACUGAGGGGGAUGAUUCAGACCAUGAUUCUGAGUUAAAAUCAAGUGGAAU